AUGCCUCGACAAGAACACCUCACCGACUUCGCUCCCUACCCCUGGUGCCAACAAAUCAUCUCCUCCCCGGCCUGGCACCCCCUAUCCACUCGCUCAACCUCCACAAACCGCCUCUUUACCGAAACCCUCUGGACAGACGUGACCAUCCGCGCCCACGCCUCCUUCUACAAGCCCCCAACCGCAACCCCGCCCACCGAAACAGGCGGCGAAGUGCGCCUCCUCGUUUCUCUCGGCGCCGGACUAGACGGCCACCCCGGUUACUGUCACGGUGGCAUGCUCGCCCUCAUCUUCGACGAUACCAUUCAUGAAUUGGUAGAGCUCGAAAUGAAGGAGGCGGCUGUUACAGCUACGCUGAAUGUGUCGUACCGCAGGCCUGUUGCGACUCCCGCGGUUGUUUUGUGUCGUGUCUGGUCGGAGAAAGAGCCAGUAGGGAGAAAGUGGGUAGUUAGGGCUACUAUUGAGAGUGGAGAUGGGGGUGUUUUUGCGGAGUGCGAGAGUCUGGUCGUGAGGAAGAGGAAGGAGGCGUUGUGA